UAUCCCCAAACCCAGAUUCCAAUUUCAAAAUCUCAAUUUGUUUUUCGUGGCGCCUCUUUUGAAAUUCGAAUACACAAAACCAUAUACUGUUCACCGACCCUAGUUUUUGACCAAAUCCGAGAAACCCAGCAGAUAUUAUCCACGCCACACCCCAUAUAUUAUAACCCUUUAUUUCGUAAACCCUUAUUUAUUUAUACAUAACAAACCCUAAAUCCACAAAAGCAGAUCGAGUCCUGGUCAUGGCGGCGAGAGGUAGAGGAAGAGGUAGAGGAAGAGGUAGAGGUAGAGGUAGGGGCGGCGGCCGAGGCGGAAAGCGGCCGAGGCAAGAAGAGAACGGCGGUGAGGGUCUGGAGGAGAAGACCGAUGUUGUUCUGGGAGUUGAGAAUGAGGGAGUUGAUGGGGAAGUGAAGGAAGAAGCUGCGGAGCCGAAGAAGAAGAGGAGCAGGAAGCCGCGGAUUCAGAAAGAAACAGAGGAAGAAGAAGAAGAACAACAACACGGCGGAGGUGAAGAGAAUGAGGGCGAGGGCAGUUUGGGAAGUCAAAAUGAAGAGGAUGUGGGGAGAAAGAGGCGUUAUCCACAGAGGGAGAGGCCUGCGAAGGCGGCGGCGAAGAAGAAGAAGCAGAGGAAACCACCUGCGGCAGACAGGCCUGACGUGUCGACAAUGUGCCAUCAAUGUCAGAGGAACGAUAAGGGGAGGGUGGUGCGGUGCGCCGGUUGUACGAAGAGAGGGAACAGGAAGAGGUACUGCAUCCCAUGUAUUCAGAAUUGGUAUCCCAACACCUCGGAGGAGUCCAUCGCCGAGGCUUGUCCCGUGUGCUGCGGCAACUGCAACUGCAAGUCGUGUCUUCGGUUGGAUGUUCCUAUCAGGUGUUUGGACAAUGUGGAUCCCAAGAUUGAUGAGGAGACGAAGAGGGAGCACUGUAAGUAUUUGGUUCAUAAGCUGCUUCCGUAUCUGAAGAGGAUUAGGGAUGAGCAGGUGAGUGAGAUGGUGGAGGAGGCCAAGAGGCAGGGGUUGGGGGAUGUUUCGGAGCUGAAAGUUGAGAGGUCUAAUUGCCCUGCGGAUGAGCGUAUGUUCUGUAAUAACUGCAAUACUUCGAUUUUUGAUUUUUAUAGGAGUUGCCCUGAGUGUGAGUAUGAUCUGUGCCUGGUUUGCUGCCGGGAGAUUCGACAAGGCAAAUGGAAGAAGAGGGGUAAGGAGGAGGAAGGGAGUCAGGAGUAUGUUAAUUUGGGACAUGAGUAUUUGCACGGCAAGGGAGACUUUGAAAUCUUGCUUAAAAUGAGAACAGAAGGUGGAAAAGAUCGCGAUGGGAAACGGAGAAGGAGAGGCAGGGAGGAGGGAGUAAGUGAGAAAUCCGCCGAUGCAGGGGAGGGUUUGGAUGGAGAGGCAGAGCUGAAGAGCAAUGAUGAUGGUGGAAUGGAACAGGAUCAGACUGUAUCUGCUAGUGAAGAGUCCACAUUUGAGUGGAGAGCAAGUGAAGAUGGAAGCAUCGUCUGCCCCCCCAAGCACAUGAAUGGUUGUGGUAAACAUAAUUUAGAAUUGAGAUGCAAUUUUUCUCAGAAUCAUGUUAUAGAAUUAGUGGAGAAAGCAGGGAAAGUAGAUGAAAGUUACAAUCUUUUGCAUGCUAGUAGUGAGACUCCUGGAAACAAGUGUUCAUGUGUGAAACUUGUCGAUGAUGCUGUUAGCUCAGGUAGCAGUAGCUAUAAGUUCAGGAAAGCAGCCGCUAGAGAUGGUUCUGAUGAUAACUAUUUGUUCUGUCCAAGGGUUGGACAAAUCCAAGAUGAGGAUUUUGGGCAUUUUCAGUGGCAUUGGAUGAGGGGCGAGCCUGUAAUUGUGAGCAAUUCGCUUGAAAAUGGAUCAGGUUUAAGCUGGGAACCAAAUGUCAUGUGGCGGGCAUUUAGACAGAUACAGAAUCUCAAUCAUGAUACACAAUUGGCAGUUGAUGCUAUUGAUUGCUUGGAUUGGACAUUCAUAGAAAUCAACAACUGUGACUUUUUUAGUGGAUAUUCCAAGGGCAGGUUUGAUAAAAGCAAUUGGCCUCAGAUUCUCAAGCUCAAAGACUUCCCACCGUCUACUGAGUUUGACAAUCGUCUCCCCCGCCACGGUAAGGAGUUUUUAUGUUAUCUGCCUUUCAAAGAGUACACCCACCCCAAGGGAAGUCUGAACCUUGCUAUGUUCUUGCCGGAGGAGACAGUAAAGCCGGAUAUGGGUCCGAAAACAUAUAUUGCCUAUGGUGUUGUGCAGGAGCUUGGUAGGGGAGAUUCUGUAACCAAGCUUCACUGCGAUAUGUCUGAUGCGGUCAAUAUUUUGACACAUACGGCUGAAGUGACCCUUACAACUGAACAACUCAAAACUAUAGAGAAGUUGAAGAAAAAGCACAGGGAGCAAGACCAAAGAGAGAUCUUUGCAAGUUGUGAGACAAGUGCUGAAAAUGGUAGUGGGCCUCAUGAUGUUCCAGCUGAAGUAUAUGAUGAUGGAGGUGCCCUAUGGGACAUUUUUAGGGUCCAGGAUGUUCCACAGCUGGAGAAAUACAUCCAGAAACAUAUCAGUGAAUUCAGGCAUGUGCACUGUAAUCCUUUGAAGAGUGUUACUCAUGCUAUACAUGAUCAGACUGUUUAUCUCACUGUGGAGCACAAGAGGAAGCUCAAGGAGGAAUUCGGAAUUCAGCCAUGGACAUUUGUCCAGAAACUUGGUGACGCCAUUUUCAUUCCUGCAGGCUGCCCUCAUCAGGUUAGGAAUUUGAAGUCCUGCAUCAAAGUUGCGCUGGACUUUGUUUCCCCAGAGAAUGUGGGCGAGUGCUUCCGAUUGACGGAUGAAUUCCGCACACUUCCCCUCAACCACAGGGCUAGUGAGGACAAGCUGGAGGUCAAGAAAAUGAUUGUGCAUACACUUUCUAAAGCUGUGAGGGUGAUUUCUGGUGAGAAAGAUAUGAAGCUUAAGGAACAGCGGAAGCACAAGUGAUGAGAGGUAGGCUUAAGUCUAAAGUUCUAACAAAAUGUAAGGGUAUGAAGCAAUUUUUUGUGAUGUAAUCUUAGAAUUAGAACUGCUGUGUACCAUAGGAAUUAUUAUCUGAUUUUGUAACAUAUUUUAGUUUUUAAUGAUGGUAGUUUUUAACUCCUG